AAUCUACUGUCUUCAUAACUGGCUUUCUCAAUAUGUAGAAUUUGCCUGAUGGGGUGAAGCUAAGAGGUGAUAUUAAUGUGUUACUUCUUGGUGAUCCAUCUACUGCCAAGUCACAGACUGCUCCCAUAGCUGUUUAUACUUCUGGAAAGGGCUCAUCAGCUGCUGGUCUUACAGCUUCAGUUAUUCGAGAUAGUAGUUCGCGGGAGUUUUAUCUUGAAGGAGCCAUUGUUUUGUUCACAUGGAGGUGUUGCAUGUAUUGACGAGUUGAUAAGAUGAGACCAGAGGAUAGGGUUGCAAUUCAUGAAGCUAUGAAGCAACAGACAAUAUCUAUUGCCAAAGCAGGAAUAACGACUGUUCUCAAUUCUAGAACUUCAGUACUUGCAGCUGCUAAUCCUCCUUCUGGACGUUAUGAUGAUCUUAAGACAGCACAGGAUAAUUUUGAUUUACGGACUACAAUUCUUUCAAGAUUUGACUUGAUCUUCAUUGUCAAAGAUGUCAGUCUGUAUGACCAAGACAAGAUCAUAGCAAGUCAUAUCAUAAAAGUUCAUUCAUCUGCUCAGGCAGCCUCAGGUGAUAUUAGAGCUUCUAAAGAAGAGAAUUGGCUGAAAAGGUAUAUACAGUAUUGCCGAUCAGAAUGCCACCCUCACCUUUCAGAAGCUGCAUGUGCUAAGCUUCAGAGUGAUUAUGUUGAUAUCAGAAGGGAAAUGAGGCAGCAAGCAAAUGAGACUGGAGAAGCUGCUGCAAUCCCCAUCACUGCGAUGCAGUUAGAGGCCAUCAUAAGGUUAAACGAGUCUCUUGCAAAAAUGAAAUUGUCACAUGUUGCCACUGAAAGUGACGUAACUGAAGCAUUAAGACUUUUCAAAGUUUGUACAAUGGAUGCAGCAUGCUCUGGAAUAAACCAACACAUUCAUAUCACUCCUGAUAUGGCUAAUGACAUCAAGCAAGCAGAAAACCAGAUAAAGAGAAGAUUGGGAAUUGGAAAUCACAUAUCCGAAAGAUCAUUGAUUGAUGAUCUUACUAGAAUGGAUAUGAAUGAGUCAAUGGUAAGAAGAGCCAUUUUAAUUAUGCAUCAGAGAGGUGAAGUUGAAUGUCAACGUGAAAGGCAUAUUAUUGUUCGUAAAGUAUGAGUAAGCUGCUGUACUGGUGCUCAAUCCCCCCCUCCCCCCCCUCUUGAUUAUUUGCUAGCAAAAAUAAUCAAGAGGGUCUUGAAAAUUCACUGGUUAUGAGCUGUUUUGAUGUCUAUGGCCAUAUCCAAUGUUACAUUUGCUCCUUGGAUGACCUGACUUGAUAUGACUAACAAAAGCUUUAUGUAUUAUAAUGCUGCAAAUAAGUGUUGGGUUGGUUCCCGAUCCUUGCCGCAGCAGCCUUUUCAAGUCGAGGGUUUACUGUAUUCAUGCCUUUUUAUAUUUACUAAUGUAUUGCAUGAGGUGCAUGGCCUUAAAGGCUUUGGCAUGUAAAUUUUAUCUGAAGAUGACAUGGUAACCCAGUUACUUAAUUUUAAUAAGUUAAAUA